CCUGCACACCCUCUAAUGGGCUAUCCGACCCUGGCCCCGCCUCUCUUCAUGGACAAUCAGGUUGUGCAGGUUUGGUGGCUUUGGAGCAGGAGCUGCCGGAGGAGGGGAGAAUAAUAGGAGGAGGGAGAUCCUGGUGCUAGGCUGACGUUGCAGGGGAUACACCAUCACAGCCUUCCCCAUUCACAGGCCCUGGGAUCGGUGCUCGGAAGGCAGCCAUUGAAUCAAUCGCAUUUGCUGCAUCCCAGGUACUUGCGUGUGUCUGCCAGAUCCUCAGACAUGGACGGCCACAAUUACCAGUACUCCCGGGAGUUCUAUGACCGGUAUGCACAAAGCCAAGACAAGUCUGUAGUAAAUAAGAUGCAGCAAAAAUACUGGAAGACAAAGCAGACUUUGAUAAAAGUCACUGGGAAGAAAGAAGAUGAGCAUGUAGUUGCUUCUGAUUCAGAUCUAGAUGCUAAACUAGAGCUUUUUCAUUCUAUUCAAAGAACAUGCAUGGAAUUGCUGAAAGUGAUUGAGCAGUAUCAAAAGCGCAUCUGCUUUUUAUCUCAAGAAGAAAAUGAACUGGGAAAAUUCCUUCGUUCCCAAGGAUCUCAGGAUAAAACCAGAGCAGGGAAGAUUAUGCAGGCUACUGGGAAGGCGCUGUGCUUCUCCUCUCAGCAGAGGCUGGCUUUGAGAAGCCCUUUAUCCAGACUGCAUCAGGAGGUGGAGACCUUUCGAUACAGAGCAAUCUCAGAUUCAUGGCUGACAGUUAACAGGAUGGAACAGUCUAGGACUGAAUAUCGAGGGGUUUUGCUUUGGAUGAAGGAUGUAUCACAAGAACUGGAUCCUGAUACCUACAAGCAGAUGGAAAAAUUUAGAAAGGUCCAGGCACAAGUACGCCACACCAAAGCUGCCUUUGAUAGACUGAAGACAGACGUAUGUGAAAAGGUGGAUCUGCUGAGAGCAAGUAGAUGCAACCUUCUGUCUCAUGUCUUAACUACAUACCAGACCACACUACUUCACUUUUGGGAGAAAACCUCACAUACUAUGGCAGCGAUUCAUGAGAGCUUCAAGGGUUAUCAGCCAUAUGAAUUUACCACAUUAAAGCCUAACAAUAGGAAGCCUGGAGCAUCUCCGUGUUCUGCAGGACAGAGUUUACAGGACCCGGUGGACAAACUAAUACAGCAGCAGGAGGAGGAGGAGGAGAAAAAUAAAAGCAAAGACGAUCCUGCUGUAAAACCUGAUGAUGAGCUCAUUUCCUUAGAAGACAUGAAGCAGGCGACUGGAUCACCAGGUGAAGCCAACAUAGGAAACCUAUCCAGUUUUGAGGAUAUUCUGCGGGAGAAUUCAGUAGGUGCAAUGGAUGAUUUAUUGGAUCUAAAACCAGACGAGAAAAUGUUCUAUGGAGAAACUGUUCCUAAAGACCCACUUGAUCCUGACACUGGGGAUAAAGAUGAAAUACAGCUGCUGAAUGAUAUUCUAAGUGCUUCUUCCUUGGAGGGUGAUGAUCUUGGCAAAGAGUGGGCGGCAGUAUUCGGAGAUCCGCUGCCCAAUCCUCAUCCUGUGAGCCCAGGAGCAACAGACAUGGAACAACAUGCCGAUUCAUCUGCUGGGUUCCUUCCUUCUCAGCUCCUAGACCAAGACAUGAAUGACCUACUGUCUUCAUUGCAUGGCUGGACAGCCAACAGUGGGACUUCAGCUUCUCAAGCAGCACCUCCACCAAGCAGCUUAAAUUCCAGCACUAACAAGGCACCAGCAAAAGAUGGCUCUAAAAAUCCCGGAUCCAAGGACCUGAGCGCUUGGUACAACCUUUUUGCUGACCUCGAUCCCUUGUCCAAUCCCGAUGCCGUUGGGAAAACUGAUAAAGAACAUGAACUGCUCAAUGCAUAAUCCCAGUUCAGCGAGCCGCGGGGAAGCAGAAUACAACUUGCCGGCCGGCGGCUCCUUUUGUUCAGUAACAUGUUGUUUUGUUGUGAGUUACACAAGGGACUGUUUCCUGCGUUUGCCAAAAGAAACACAAAAACACUAUUUUAUGGGGAUAUUCUAGCAACCUAUUUUUUAUAACUUCAGUCUUCAUAAGGUUAAGACUCCUAAAGCAGAAAGGCUGCUCGGCUUUUGUUUAGUGGAAGCCAUGAUUAUAAGAUCCAUGCCCCCAGCUCUGUAACAUGAAGGCCACUCCUCACAAAGCAUCCUGUCCAUGUGUACUCAGGACAGAAACCAUCCCCCCGUGCAUUGAAUGGGAGAUUCCAGUUCCCACAGGGCAACCAGAUAUAAAGCACCUGAAAAUCAUUUCCUGAUCUUUGCUGUAGGGCCUAUUGCCAUGAGCAUGUCGGCAGUGUUAUUCCAGAAAUACUUUAAUAAAACCAGUUUUGUCAAAAAAA